AAUCCCGCUGUUCACGGCUUGACUGCGUGAGACAUGACAAGUUUGUUCGUCGCUAUCGGCUAUUCAGAUAGGCGACCGUGGGAGGUGCGGCCAGUGCGGCUUUUGGCUCGCCAGGGCUCUCGCUCGACUCACUUCGAAGCCUUCUUUCUUCGAUCCACAGACCACAGCAAGUCAGCAAGCCGCUCUGAUCUGCCACGGCCAUGGAGUCCCGCGACGACGAGGUAGUGGUUGCCUGCGACGCCUUCCGCAUCUACCGGAGCGGCAAGAUGGACCGCCUCCACCGCCCGGAGCGCGUGCCCGCUGGCCUCGACCCGGCCACCGGCGUCACGUCCAAGGACGUCGUCCUCGACGCCAGCACCGGCCUCUCCGCGCGCCUCUUCCUCCCCCGGCUCGGCGCACGCGGCUCUUCCUCCGGGAAGCUCCCCGUCCUCGUCUUCCUCCACGGCGGCGCGUUCCUGAUCGAGUCCGCCGUCUCGCCGCAGUACCACGGCUACGUCGCGUCCCUCGCCGCCGCGGCCGGCGUCCUGGCCGUCUCCGUCGAGUACCGCCUCGCGCCCGAGCACCCGGUCCCCGCCGCCUACGACGACGCCUGGGCUGCGCUCCAGUGGGCCGCGGCGGCGCGGGACGAGUGGCUCGCCGACCACGGGGACGUCGCCCGCCUCUUCCUCGCCGGCGGCAACAUGGUGCACCACGUUCUGGUCCGGCUGGCCUCUGCUUCCCACCCGGCUGCGCCUAGAAUCGAGGGCGCGAUACUCCUGCACCCUUGGUUCGGAGGGAACACGCUCGUCGAAGGCGAGGAUGCGACAAAGGCCAAGGGGAUGGCCACGGUCUGGGAGUUCGCGUGCCCCGGAGCGGCGGGCGGCGCGGACGACCCGAGGAUGAACCCGACGGCGCCGGGCGCGCCGGCGCUGGAGAGCCUCCUGUGUCCGCGUGUUCUCGUGUGCGCCGGGGAGAAGGACUGGGCGACGGCGAGGGUCCGUGCGUACUACGCAGCCUUGACCGCGAGCGCGUGGCCCGGGAGCACCGCGUGGCUCGAGUCGGAAGGGGAGGAGCACGUCUUCUUCCUCGAGAAGCCGGAGGGCACCAAUGCUAGGGAGCUCAUGCACCGCAUCGUCACGUUCGUCAACGGAUCCUGAGCACCCAGCUAGAGUGCUACGCGCAAUGGCGAUUCGAUCUGUGUUUGUAUGUUUCCGUUUCAGCAUUGAGGGAACGAUUUGAUUUGUAUUUGUAGGCUGCUUCUUACUGGUAUUUAUGUUAGAGACCUUUUGCUAUAGUGCUUUUUUUUUUGCUAAUA